GAGCCAAGAUGCAUAAUGGAUGGAAUGCAACUACUGAUCAUUUGGUGUGCUGUAUUUAUUUGCGUCAGUGGAGAAGAUGAAGGUUCUUCAUGUGACGUUACAUUCACAGUGCGAAGAGGUACGACAAACCGUGCUAUACCAGGACAAAGUUUGACAGUCAGUUGUCCCGUCAAACACUGUGGAAAUGUACUAAAUAUCACAUGGUGGAAACUCUCUAAUACAAGCAGCUAUAAGAUCAUUCCAAACACGGAGAAUAUAACCAUCAGACAGGAAUAUCACAAAGAUGAUCUUAUCUCCUAUUUGAGUUUUAACCAGGUUUCUAUUAUUGAUGAUGGCCUGUACCGAUGUGCUUUAGAACACAGAGAUGAAAGUGUCAGCCAUGCCAUCAACAUUUCUGUUUCAGACCGAAACAUAGGGGUAAAAGACCCAGAAGAUGGUGGUGGUAAUAAGAUUUACAGUCCUCAAUAG